GGAAUGCGGUUACAGGACUGACAAUGCGACACUCAGUGCGCCUGCGCUGAUUUACAGGAAGUGUUAACAUUUUCUUUAACCAGCUGAUAGCCAAAUUGUCAACAGUUAAGCCUGCGAUACGUCCGCCGCUGAAACAACAGUACACACGACAAAACAAGGUGUGAAGAGAGGUCAAGAAGACACCACCGCUGAGGCUCGACCACACUCCCAAGACACAAGGCAGUGCAAGAGUGCUCCACUCCAGGGAGGAGGCCCCAGCCCCCCUGCCGUCUCCUACACGGGCCGCCAUGAGCUCCAGAGGGAGUGGAGGCCGCUCCAACGGCACACUUCCACAGACCAAGAUCUGCCAGUUCAAGCUGGUGCUGCUGGGCGACAUGGCCGUGGGCAAGUCCAGCCUGGUGCUGCGUUUCGUCAAGGGACAGUUUGAUGAGUUCCAGGAGACAACCAUAGGAGCUGCUUUCCUGGCUCAGUCGGUGUGCUUAGAUGAUACCACGGUGAAGUUUGAGAUCUGGGACACUGCAGGACAAGAGCGAUACCACAGCCUGGCUCCCAUGUACUACCGUGGUGCUCAGGCCGCUAUCGUUGUCUUUGACAUCACCAAGCCGGAGACUUUUGAGAGAGCCAAGGCCUGGGUGAAGGAGCUGCAGAGGCAGGCCAGUCCUAACAUUGUUAUUGCCCUGGCCGGGAACAAGGCUGACCUGGCAGAGAGGAGACUAGUAGAAUAUGAGGAAGCCCAGACAUACGCUGAAGAUACUGGCUUGCUCUUUAUGGAGACCUCGGCCAAGACAGCCAUGAACGUCAAUGAGCUCUUCCUGGCCAUUGCAAAAAAGAUGCCAAAAACAGACACCCAAAACCCUACACACGCAGCGCGACAUCGGGGAGUCAACCUCCAGGACCCUGAUGCCCACUCUACCAGAGCCUGCUGUGGUGGCAACUAGACCCCCACAACUCCCACCAGUAUUCCACCAUCCACACCACCACAGCCCUUCAGCCAUCCUGUCUCCUUCAACCAACUUACAGGGGUGGGCCUGGUGCGGGGAAACCCAGCACCCACUCACCCCCUUCCCCUCCAUUCAUCCUCCUGUCCAAGCAGACAGAAAAUCAAAGGAGAGAAUUAGAGGAAAGGAAGAGCAAGCAGAGAUGGAGGAGAAAGACACAGUGUUUCACAUCUGUGUCUCUUGACCACCAACUGAGAUUCUGCAUUUGGAAAUGACCAGGGGGAGGUAUAGUGAGGACUUGAGAGGAGGAGAAUAAAGAAUGUGGAAGACAGUGGCAAGCCUGUUGUAGUAUUUAGUAGUAAUUGUAAACUUUCUUUCGUUUUCAUUCUUGCAUCAUUUCAGUCGCAGCCCUGAUUGCGUAAAAAUGCACAAAAUGAGCAGCACACGCUGGCGAGCAGCCAAGAAAGGAAAGGAGAAAAAAGGGUCAACACAUAAAAGCCAAAUGGUUAGGGCUGCGUUUGCUUGCUUUGCCUCCUCCUAGUCCAGAAUCAAUCAAAUCCUGCUGUGAAUAAUGCCACAUACUGUCCCACUGGAAUGAUCCCAUUAUUCCUAACCUGACCUUCCCUGGUGUCACUGGCACUAUUCAAACCCACAUCAGAUAAGCAGAGGCACAGUUUGCCCAACAUAAUAAGUCAAUUUGUACGUAUUUAUUGUCCAGUAUUUUGACUUCUCUUGACUGCUGGUAGUGAUGCUCCAGUGUCUGUGCGGCACUGCUUCCACUCACAUUACUCCUCUCCUUCUGUGCAGAUAGAAAUUCAGUGUGUGAGGCCAAGUUCGGAUCCACUGAGAUUGUUGAUUGAUGAUUUUACGUUGUGUUUCUCAUACAUACAUUUGGUCCUGCAGACUUGUUUAAGCGUGUUAAAGUGCAGUGUUCUUUUUGGUUUCCAAUGCCUUGCUUGAGUGCUUGUAAGGAAAAUGUGACGCACCACAGACUGUAACACAAACUGCAACAAUAUAGUCUUGAUAUGAAGUGUAUGUUGGCACAUGACUUUAACAUUGCUGUGUAUGAGCAGGAAACUGGCAACUAACUAAUUACAUGCCUGUAGCAGAAAAUAUAACCCUCAAACCCAAAGAAAGUAGUAUUGCAUCAGAUACAAGACUUAUAAAGACCAUGUUUUGAAUAAAUAGCUUAAUCCCAUUAUCACAGUGAGUGAUGGGGCUAACUGACCCUUCCAAAGUCCUGCCCCUUUUCACCCUGUGCUCCAGCUAACAGUUGAGCAAGCCUCAGUCAACUUUCUGCCUUCUAUAUGCUCUUUGAGUGGGCUGGUCCUCAGCAAGAGGAGGAUGUUGGAACAACAAGGGAAGAUACAGGCCUGGCCAUUUGAUUGAUAGUUAUUUAUUAGUGAUCCUAGUUUAAUCCUUGAUUGACUAUGAAGACUAAAACUGAAAAGGGAUUCCUUAAGAAAAAAUCUUGGUGUCCGUGGUCUAAUGUGCAUCCAUUGUGGGGGUCUUUGACAUUAAAACGUUUGGGAACCCCUGUGCUAGGCUUGCUAUGUUGAAAAGACCCCCACAUUUGGAAGAUGGUUAAAAGAUGAAAGUGACGUAGCACAUAGCAUAUCUAAGUACAGAAAAGGAGAAAGUUGACUGAGACUGGAUCAACCAUUAUUGGAGCACAAAGCAAAAAGGGGCUUUGCUAAGGGACUUAGGAGGGGUCAACUGUAAUAGCAGGAAAUGAGGUAGCCCAUCUAUAGCUCUGCCCAGAUGAAAUGAUUGGCACACAUUAUAUAUAUAUAUAUAUAUAUAUAUAUGGUGGGUGAUUAGUUAUAAACCUGUACCACGCCCUGUAGGACAACAUCUGCCCAUCUUGUGUUUAAUGUGCCCCUCAUCUGUCCCCUUAAGUUGUUGGUGAACAUGAAAUCAUAGUAAUCUUAAAUGGUUUUACUGAUUCAUUUAACUGAAUAUGAUGCUCUUAAAACAGAGUUGUGUGCUUGGUUGCUGCCAAGGCUUAGCUGAACAAAAUGAGUAAGGAAUUGAUGAAAACACACAAAAACUACACAAAAACUAAACAAAAACAGAAGUGCCUAUUCCCAGUUUUCUCUUUCUGUGAAUCCUGUUUGGGGCUUUUCUUUAAGUGUGUGCUUCGUAGGCAAAGUGCAGGAGAACCAUUUCCCUGACAUUGGCUUGUACUAUAAACCAAUAACUGGGCACCCUGUCAUUAGGCUAUACUGUAUUGGCUCUUUGUAUGGAUGUAAGGAGAUCUUGUUGAAUACACUGUAUGUUGUAUAUUGUCUUACUUUUAAUGGAAGUGUAUGUUGAUUUUAGCAGAGCACACUUGUGAACAUGGAAUGGAACGUUUAAAGGACUCUAAUCGAUGUUAUAAAUCUGUUUGAUUUAAACAAAUAUUGGUGUCCAGGAAAAUCUUUGCCUCAUUUUCAGAUACACAACCACGUAGAUUUAUUUAAAGGCUCUAUCAGUGAAAUAAUCAUUUUGGCUAACUUCCUGUCUGCUCUCCACAGUCAGCAGUCCCCUCUCUCCUCCUAACGUCAUCACACUGAUAUUCUGCUGCCUUCUGCUGGAGUUCUCUCUCCUGAUUGGAUAAAGUGGGAACAGGAUACCAGGAAGUGUAUUCUCUGUUUACUGCAGGAAGGAGGGACUGGGAGACCAUGUGACUGACUGAAUCUCUCUAUAUCAGUGACGGCUGUCACAAUGUAGAGCUAAUUAACACUUAUUCUAACAAAACCAAUAUCACUUAAAGCAACUAGGGUACUAAGAUCUGUUGAUAAAAAAUAUGAACUAAUUAGGGGUCUAAAAAACUAAGACAGUUAUUUGAAGAACAAUACCAUUCAGUAUCAGUAUUCAAAUACAAGCUAAAAUGAUUUGUUCUCCCCCUGGACACCAUGAGCUCAUUAUAUACAUUGAACAACAUUCAUUGUUCUUCAGUGUUCUGUGCACUUGAGAUGACAAAGGUAAUUAAAACAAGACUUGAUUUUACAUCAGUACCUGGGUUUGUGUAGUGUUCAAUAAAGCUGUGAGUGGCACCGA